AUGUCGCUUCUCGUGAUCUCCGGGUUCAGCGGCGCGCUGCUGCCUCAGCGCUCAGCCGUGAGCAUCCCGCGCUCGGCGGUGCAUGCGAUUGCCCGUGCCGCCGACGCCACGAUGGCAAUCGAGUCGGUCAAGGCGCGCCAGAUCUACGACUCGCGCGGCAAUCCGACGGUCGAGGUGGACCUUGUCGCGGGAGGCGUGCUGUCGCGGGCGUCGGUGCCGAGCGGCGCUUCAACAGGCGCCUACGAGGCGGUCGAGCUGCGCGACGGCGGCGACCGGCACAUGGGGAAGGGCGUGCUCACGGCGGUCGACAACGUGAACAAGGUGCUCGCCCCGCAGCUGGUCGGGAUGGACCCGACGGACCAGGCGGCGAUUGAUGCAAAGAUGAAUGGCCUCGACGGCACCGCAAACAAGGGCACCGUCGGAGCCAACGCCAUCCUGGGCGUGUCGCUCGCGGCCGCCAAGGCGGGAGCCGCAGCCAAGGGCGUGCCGCUCUACCGCCACUUCGCCGACCUGGCCGGCAACAGCCAGCUGAUGAUGCCGGUGCCCUGCUUCAACGUGAUCAACGGAGGCUCGCACGCGGGCAACAAGCUGCCGUUCCAAGAGUACUUUGUCAUCCCGACCGGCGCAGCCUCCUUCAAGGAGGGCAUGCUCAUCGGCACCGAGGCGCGGCCGGCGCCGCGGCCGCCCUCGCCCUGA